AAUUCCAUACAUCUCCUGAACCCGCCAGUGGGUUUACAUCUGUCGACUUACGCCGUCCGUCUCUAAUGGCGCACCGCCGUCGAAUUCAAUUUAAUUUGUAGCUAGUUCCGAGCUCUUUAGUGAAGAUGUUCAAUUUUCUCAGGUCUCAUUCGUAAACAACAGAAUACCCCGAGUCUUUGCUUUCUGUUAAUUUUUUAUCGGGUAUUCCUUUGUGGCCUUCAUAUUCGUUUCGUUUGGACGAUUUUCAUUUUUGUUUCCAACGCUCGCAACGAACAACCAAACCAAACGACUUGUGCUUUGUACAUAUUCCGUGUAUAUUUGUUUAUUUUUUGAAACAAAGGUAAACAUGUUGAGUUCCAUGGCAAAAGAACAUCAGGCGAAACAAACCAAAAGGAAGCAGGAGCAAGAACUCAAGCGAAAGGAAGCUAUAGAAGCAUCAAACGAAUUGACCAAGGCACUAGUGGAGCACUUAAAUGUUGGCGUUGCCCAGGCCUAUCUAAAUCAAAAGAAACUUGACGCAGAGGCGAAACAGCUGCAUGUUGGUGCUACAAAUUUCGCCAAGCAAACCCAGCAAUGGUUACAGCUAAUAGAUAAUUUCAGCUCUGCUUUGAAAGAACUAGGCGAUGUCGAGAAUUGGGCCCGCAGUAUAGAGAACGACAUGCAUAUUAUUCAAAACACUUUAGAAAUAGCUUAUAAAACAUCACGGCAGGUCCAGCAGAAUCCAUCGUAGAGCCUCUUCUGAUUUAAUUCAAAGUUUAUUGUAGUAUGUUUCUUUACAAAAAUCCUUAUAAUCUACUGAAAUUAUAAUUACUGGCGACAUUCUGAACAAAACAAAUAUAAAUGGAAUAGUACACAUUCCGUUAAAUAAUAAAAA